CCUGCCCUUCCCUGCCCUCCCCUCCCCUCCCCGUCUCCUCUUCUCGAUUCAACCCUAGCUCAAAUCCCCGCCUUGCUCCUACAGCCUUUCUCUUUCCUUCCCUUCUCUGGCGGAGUGGGAUUUAGUAGGGUAGCAGCACUUAACAGCAGCAUUACCCCUAGCGCGCACCCAGCCACCAACAGUAGCAGAACCAGCAGCAGCCAUGGCGACAGCAGCGGCUCGUCCGCUCGUGACCGUUCAGCCGUUCGACGAAUCGGGCGCGCCGCAGCAGGCCGCGCUUCCCGCCGUGUUCCUCGCGCCCAUCCGCAGCGACGUCGUUAAGUUCGUGCACGCCAUGGUCUCGAUGAACUCGCGCCAGCCGUACGCCGUCAGCACCAAGGCUGGCCACCAGACGUCCGCCGAGUCCUGGGGUACCGGUCGCGCCGUGUCUCGUAUUCCCCGUGUUCCCGGCGGCGGUACGCACCGCGCGGGGCAAGGAGCUUUCGGUAACAUGUGCCGCGGCGGUCAUCUGUUCGCGCCGCUCCGCAUCUGGCGCCGCUGGCACCGCAAGGUCCCCAUCAAGAUGCGCCGCCAUGCGGUCGUCUCCGCCAUCGCCGCCUCCGCCGUGCCCGCGCUCGUGCAGGCGCACGGCCAUGCCGUCAGCAAGGCGCCCGAGCUUCCCCUCGUGGUCGGUAACGAGAUCGAGGCGGUGGAGAAGACGUCGACGGCGCUUAAGGCGCUGAAGCGCAUCGGCGCGUUCGACGACGUGGCGAAGGUGAUCGCGACCAAGAAGAUCCGCCCCGGCAAGGGCAAGGCGCGCAACCGGCGGUACCUGAGCAAGAAGGGCCCUCUCAUCGUGUACGGGACCGACGGCGCCAAGCUCACCAAGGCGUUCCGCAACAUCCCCGGCGUGCAGGUGGUUGCCGUCGAGAAGCUCAGCGUGCUCGACCUCGCCCCUGGCGGGCGCGUGGGGCGCUUCGUCGUGUGGACGCAGAGCGCGUUCGACAAGCUCGAGGGGCUCUUCGGGUCGUUCACCCAGGCGCCCACGCUCAAGCGCGACUUCCUGCUGCCGCGCGCCGCCAUUGUGAACAGCGAUAUCACCCGCAUCAUCAACAGCGACGAAGUGCAGAGCGUGUGCCGGCCACGCAAGCCCGCGCCCAAGCCGCUGCACCGCCUGAAGCGCAACCCGCUGAAGAACCGCACCGCCAUGGCCGUGCUCAACCCCUACGCCGCCGACAAGCGCAAGCAGCUGGCUGAGGCCGCCGGCCAGCCCAAGGCCAAGAAGGCGCGGGAGAGCGAGGAUGCGAAGAAGGCAGGUGAGGCAUGGUACCAGACCAUGAUCUCAGACUCGGACUACUUGGAGUUCGAAAACUUCACUAAGUGGCUCGGUGUCUCCGAGUGAAGUGUCUUGUAACGAGGAUGGAAUGCGGAUGUGAAAUGAUGACCGACAAAGAAAGGAGUGAAAGGGUAGGGCUGGGCAAGAAGAGUUUAUUUCCUAGUGUAAGGGAUGGUGGAAGUUUCUUGUUUUAAUACCUGUUUCUUGUGCGAUUGUACUGAAGUGUACUGUUGCCAAGGAUCUACUUGUGUGCAUCCAUACAAAACAUUUCGUUUGUGCGUAGCAGCAUUGUUUACCAAGUCCACAUACGCUGGAUGUGGUCUGAAUUCUUAGAACGCAUUUCCCAAACAACUAGCGUAGUUUGAGCCGCUUAGACUACAGGAGUGGGUUUGGGACACUCCCGACGUAGCCAGUGUCUCUAUCGCACCACGAACUAGGUGCUCUUUAUUUCUCAACAGCUCCUGCAGCAGCCUAGCACAAUGGUAGCCAUUGCGAGGCUCGCAGGCGGGUCGAUCACGGCCAACUCGCUGCUAGGUCGUAACCAGCGCGAUCGCCGGGCCAAUCCUGCAAAAUACGAUUCGUCGGCGUUGUCGCGAUUCUCGCUGAGAGGACGAACGGAUCCGCGAAUCUCAAGACAGACCUACUUUCCAGUGUCCUUCCCGCGAGUUUCUGUGGCCGCUUCUGCUUCUGCCUCUACCUCUGCUUCUCCCGUCAACGGAUCUGUGACUAUGGAGGGUGUGGCCAUGCCCGUGCCGCCUCCCCCGCAUCCCACGUGUGACGUCAUGGCGGCAGUCCAAGCCGCUCUUGACGAAGACGCCGGCGAUCUCGGUGACGUCACCAGCCUGGCCACCAUUCCUGCUGGCACACAGGCAACAGCUCAGUUCCUGGCCAAGGAGGGCGGUAUCUUGGCUGGCACGGCUUUGGCCACUGCUGUGUUCCGACUGCUGGAUCCGAGCCUAGAGGUGGUGUGGAGCAAGGCGGAUGGGGACACGGUGCACAAGGGAGAGGUGUUUGCUACGGUGCAAGGGUCAGCGCACGCCAUACUGCAGGGGGAAAGAGUGGCUCUGAACUUCAUGCAGCGGAUGAGUGGCAUUGCCACGUCCACCAGGGCCAUGGUGGAAGCUGCCCGCCCCGCUACGGUGCUAGAGACAAGGAAGACCGCCCCGGGACUCAGAAUCACAGACAAGUGGGCAGUGCUCAUAGGCGGAGGCCAGAACCACCGAGUUGGGCUGUAUGACAUGCUGCUGAUAAAGGACAACCACAUUGCCGCAGCAGGCAGUGUGGCUGCUGCCAUCAACGCUGCAAGAGAGUACAUUCGAUCCAACGGCUUGGAUCUUCCGGUGGAGGUCGAGGCACGCACACUGGAUGAGCUCCAAGAAGUGCUGAAGUGCCGGGGGGAGGGUGUGGGCCGUGUGACACGGGUGAUGCUGGAUAAUAUGGUAGUGGUGCGCAGAAGGGGAGGGGAGGGUGGAGGGGAGGUGGAGGUGGAUGUGUCGAUGCUGGAGGAGGCAGUGGAUACAGUGAAUGGGCAGCUGGAGACAGAGGCAUCGGGCAACGUGACUUUGGAAACUGUUGGUGCAAUUGCUGCGACUGGUGUCACUUUCAUUUCAAGUGGCGCUUUAACACAUUCUGUAAAAGCUCUGGACAUUUCCCUCAACAUCGACACGGAGCUGGCUCUAGAUGUUGGUCGGCGGACAAAUCGUGCUUAGCGAAAUGGGUUGGGCGACUUGCUCUAUCUACGCCUCGCUUCCACUAAGUAUAUGUUGUAUUAUAUUGGCCAUGUUAUGUGUUGAAGUACUCCAUAUUGGCGCUUCGCGCGGUAGACGUUGGUGAAGUCGCGGGAGCGAAAUUGCAGGCGCUUUUCGACAUCAGUCGAGCUGGAACUGUCGUGCACGACGUGUCCGAGCCCUCGCAUUCUCGCGCGCUAUUGGCUGGCUCAAACGC